GGGAAGUCCAGACGGGGCGUCAUGUAUUCUAAGUUCAGUGGCUUCACGCAGAAAUUGGCCGGAGCAUGGGCUUCCGACGCCUACAGCCCUCAGGGAUUAAGGCCUGUUGUUUCCACAGAAGCACCGCCUAUCAUAUUUGCCACACCAACUAAACUGAGUUCCAGUUCUGUUGCAUAUGAUUAUGCUGGGAAAAACACAGUUCCAGAGCUGCAGAAGUUUUUCCAGAAAUCUGACGGUGUGCCUGUCCACCUGAAACGCGGCCUGCCUGACCAAAUGUUGUACCGGACCACCGUGGCGCUGACGGUGGGAGGGACCCUCUACUGCCUGAUCGCCCUCUACAUGGCCUCACGGCCCAGAAGCAAAUGAGUCAGGCUGCAGAGGCCUGGUUCGCUUGUUGGCACACAUCCUUUGAAUUUUCAUUUUUCAUUAUUUCUGUAAUUUUUUUGUUUUUUACUCGAAUGUCCCACUUAACAUUCUUAAAGAAGAGCAGAAAGAUAUUAAGACAAUAUUUUGGUUUGUUAUGAAAAUGCACGUGGCCUGCCAGAGCUCAUUCAGAAGUUAAAACUAUUGUUUAAAGAAAUGAUGUUGCUCCCUGCAUUUGGGCUCCUAAUUUCCCUGGAGCUUCUGAUGAAGGUUGCACACAGGCUCAUUAGCGGCCAUCUGUGCUGAGGUCCCUGGGGACUUAUGGUGGCGUAUUGAACAUGGGGUGGGGCAGCCUUUCUGGAUUAGGAUGUGACUGAGGAAGGGAGAUAGAAGCUCAGGCCAGGCACAUGAAAAUGUUAGCCACCUUGGGGGCUUUUCUAUCUUGCAGUUCAAUGUUAAUAGGAAUUAUUUGCAGCCUGCCUCCAUUCGUCGGGCAGUUUGUUUCAAAGGGUUAUUUGCGUCAUCUCAGAUCUUCAGUGAAAUUUUAUGUGUAAUUGUUAUGUAUUUAUUCCACCAUGGGAACAGAGAACACCUGUUUAGUGUUGCACUUUAGACCAAUGUCUGUUUUAUUAACAGCUGUGACACAGAUUCUCCUUUACCUUUUAAAAAUGUUAUGGCUUUGAAUUAUGAUUUAUUUUAAUUGUGGAAUAAAUACAUGAAUGAAAAAAA